GUGUCCGCAGUGCUGAAUCUAUCCGAUGACGUUGACGUGUUUUGAUUUCAAUGUCUGUCAUUCUUCGAUCACUUCUGGAAACUGCUCCAACAGUGCAUUAUUUUGUGCGAAAAAUCCUGAAUUUCAUUGGAUUUUGGGAAUAUAUCUCAUAAACAUCUACCAAAAUGAUUUCUGACGUCCAACUGGCUAUAUUCUGCAACGUGCUGGGAGUGUUCCUGUUUCUGCUGGUGGUGGGAUUCCACUAUAUAAACGCCAACAUGGGAAGGUGA